AUGUCAAUUGAUAUCGAUUGGAGAAAGAUAUCAGAUGAAUCUGUAAUAGCAGAGUCACUUCGGGUAUUUCUUGAUGAUCAUAUGAAAACAAUAUCAUCCCCAUCAUUCAUAGACAAUUUAUCAGUAACCAGAGUAUCAUUAGGGUCAAUACCUCCUCAGAUCACCAUACGACAUAUUGGAGACCCUUUCAACGACUUCUAUGAAGCAGAUGAACCAAGUGAGCAUAAUGGCGAACACUCUGACGAAGUCAAAAGCUCCAAAGAACCAUCCGAAACAAACGAAUCAUUGGACUCUGGGAUAUUAGAAAAUGAUGAUGACGAUGAUGAUGAUUAUGACGAAGAUAAUGAACAAGAAGAGUUCUAUGAAGAUAAUUUCAUAUCCCAACAGAUAGAGAGAGAUUCCGAAGCUUUGAGAAGUGCAACUGAUAGCACUGAAAUUUCUAGUCCAACACCUACGUUACCUUCUGGGAAUUUGACAGAUGUUCCCAGUUUGCUACUGUCUAGUAAUAGCAAUAGUAUGAAUUACAUCCAUAAUCUUCCUCAGAACAUGAUUGGUCUAGGUACCCCCCAUCAUGGAACUGAAACCCCAACAUUGAGUUUAUUCCAUCAGAAUACUUUACUACAGAGUUCAGUAAGCAAGCAAAAAAUAGCUUUAAAUGAUAAGACAAAUGGAAGAGAUGAAAGUGAUAUUCAAAUCCUUGUUGAAUUCAAUUAUGAAGGUGAUUUUGAGAUAGAAUUUAGCGUUAACUUACUUUUAAAUUUCCCUUCACCUAAGUUUAUUACUCUUCCAAUUAAGUUAAGAGUAACAGAGUUGGAAAUACAUUCGCUUGCAGUUAUUGCAUAUUUGAAAAAUUCAGUUUGUUUUGCAUUUCUUUGUGAUGUUUGUGACGCGGAUAAUGACUACUUUCCCUUAUUGCUGCGUACUGGGUCUAUAGCAAUGGGAGGGACCAUAGUCGAUUAUGUGAAUGCUGCUAAUAAUCGAGAAAGAAUAGAUAUAAUCAAAAACGUUCGAAUUGAAAGUGAGAUUGGAGAAAUGGAAACUAAUGUGUUGAGAAAUGUUGGGAAAGUUGAAAAGUUUCUUGUUGAUCAAAUCCGUAGCCUUUUACGACAGGAGAUUGCAUGGCCAAACUGGAUUUGUUUAGAUAUGAAUGAGGACGAAGGAGACGAAGUUAACGAUAAUGAAGACGAUAACACUUUCAGCUCAGCUGGAACUGAAGAUUUUACUAGUGAAAAGGAUAAGGAGAAAUCUGAAUUUGAGACCACUAACUAA